GUUCCAAAAUCAUAGAGUUUGUUCAUAUUGCAGAAUAUGUCGAUAGAAGAAGUUCCCGUGAUAGACCUUGGUUGUAAGAGCUUGACCGAAUCGAUUGCAUCUUCUCUACUUAGAGCGUGCAGUGAAUUGGGAUUCUUCUUCAUCAGAAACCAUGUCGUUUCAAAGGAGUUUUACAAGAAACUCAUCUCCAGCGCCGAUGAGUUUUUUUCUUCUCCCGAGGAGACCAAGCAAAAACUGACAAUGGGAGUUUCCUCGUACACCCCGAGAUUUGUGGUGUCACCUUUCUUUGAGAGCUUCAGGGUUUCGGGACCCAACUUUUCAGCCUCUGUUGUUGCGUUGGGUUUCACUCCAUCCCUAUUCGGCCACCAAACUAUUGAAUUCAGCAAUCUUCUAGACGAAUAUGGAAGUAAAAUAACAGAAAUAUCGAAAAGAGUAUUGAAGCUAUUACUAAGCAUCUUGGGAGAUAAUAUUGAAAACAAAUUAUAUGAUCCCGAGUUCAGCAACAGUAAUGGCUACCUAAGAAUAAACAGCUACACUCCUCUUGGCAUGAAUGACGACGAAGAAGUUGAAGUGUUCAAGAAACACACCGACAUCAGCUACGUGACGAUAGUGUUCCCAAACGACAUUAGGGGGCUACAAAUGAGAUCGAAAGGAGGCGAAUGGAUCGACGUAAAGCCAAGUGAGGACGGUAUUCUUGUGGUGAACAUUGGAGAUUUAUUAGAGGCUUGGAGCAAUGAGAGGCUGAGAUCUGCCAUACAUAGAGUCGUUUUGAGGAAAAAUAAUAUGAAAAGAUUCUCUAUCGUUUACACUUCGACACCUGAAGAUGAAUCUAGAGAAAUACACGCCCCGAGUGAGGUUGUUGGAGAAGGGAAAUCAAGUCUUUACCGCUCGUUUUCAACCCAACAAUAUAAGCAUUUUAGGGAAAACAAUUACGAGAAAGUUGGUAAACUUUUAAACACGUUUCAAUUAAAAGUUUCAUUUUUGUUCUUGGAUUUUGAAUUUGUUUCCGGCAAGAUCCUACCAUAGUUGAAGAGGGAAAUAAAAUAUUUGUUACAAGAAUGUAGAAACAUCUCCUUAACAUAUACGUUUUAAACUUGUAUUUGUUAGAACGGGUCUCAGAGUGUUAUAAUUCCAGAUUGAGUUAUGCCAAUAGAUCGACAGAUCUCUCAUAGGUUAAUCCGCUACAAUGAUAUAUUUGUGUUACUUCACAUAUGUACCUGAUAUGAUAUGGCCAUAACGUAAAUAAUUUUAUA